UUUGACCCAAAGAAGCUCUUGACAGCAUCAAUCUUCCACAGGACCGAAGGAGCAGCAGAAAGUAUUGUGUAGAGACAAGACCGCGCUAUGGAAAUCGCUAUGACAUAAGCAACUUAAACUGCUUCUGCAGAGCCUAAAGCAGCUUCAUCUUCAGGAGGAAAUAUAACAAACAAGCAACUUGGGACAAUGUUCAUAAUUCAUUUGAAUUUUGCUUGUUAGUAGAAAUAUUUUAAUAUCUUUAAUAUUGUACUUAGGUUAUUCAGAUUAAAUUAAAUUAAAUAAUAGGGAAUAUUGUCGAGAAUUAGAGGUGAAACUGAAAUGAAUCCUGUAAUAACAUGGCAUCAAUCAAUUAACCAAAUGGUAGCCAUAAAAAAGAGAAGGCACCCCAAUUUUACCCAACGCAGAAUAUUUCAAAAAGAAAUAUUAUAAUUCAAUAAAAAUAAUGUAUUGUAAAUUUAUUUAUUUUUAUUAUUAUUUAAUUUUUAUUAAGAAAAAUAUAUUUUAAAUUUAAUAAUUAAGAAAGUUUUAAAUUAAAUCUUUAUAUUUUUAUUUUUUUUAUUAAAGGCGUUAUUUAGUCUCAAAAUCUGAAUGCAAAACCGGUUAAGACCCGUCCAAGAAAGAUACAGCAAAGGCGUUAAUGCGCGGGAAAAUCGUUAAGUAUAAAACGGCAAGUUGGAUCUUAUUUUUAGUUAGAGGCGUGAGUUUUAUUAUUUGUAACUAAUUCAAGCGAGAGAGAAAAGAGGAGAGAGAGACAGAACAACGGCUCUGUUUCUUUCUUUGCAAUUCUAGUGUUUCAGCCAUUUCUUCUCUCUUCUCUUUCCCUCGUCUUCUCCUCACAGGAACACAGAGAGCGAGGGAGCGAGAGAGAGAAAGAGAGAGAGAGAGAGAGAGAGAGAGAACGGAAAAAGGUUUCUGCCAAAGCUUUUCCUCUUUGUUUGGCUGGUUCGUUUCUGUAAAUUUGUCUUGCAUUUGAUCACCGAAUCAUUUCUCGCAAAUAUUUGAUUUUUUUUCCCCGAAUUGUUGCAAUUGAAAUAGAUAUUUCUUUGUACGUUCAAAAAGGGAUUUUUUUCUUUUCUUUUUGGAGCGAGAACAGGAAAAGAAUUAGAAUUCUCUGCUAUGUUUUUGUAGGAGGAGAAAAGGAGAUUUUAGAGGAUUUUGCUUGUUUGUUUGCGAGGAAAAUGAUCAAGAGAGGACGAGAGGAAAGGAUGAACAUGGGGUGGUCGUCAUUGGGAGGUGACGAGUUGAUGUUUGGGGAUUUACAAGGAUCAAGUGGCCAAGACGAAAGAAUUUUUGUUUCGGUUAGAAUGAGGCCUUUGAACGAGAGAGAAAUUGCGAGAAACGAUGUCUGCGAUUGGGAAUGCAUUAACAGUACCACCAUUAUAUUCAAGAGCAACAUGCCUGACCGCUCCUUGGUCCCUACUGCCUAUACAUUUGACAGAGUAUUUGGGAGUGAAUGCCACACAAAGCAGGUGUACGAGGAAGGAGCCAAAGAAAUUGCUCUUGCUGCAGUUAGCGGCAUUAACUCUAGUAUUUUUGCAUAUGGGCAAACAAGCAGCGGGAAGACAUAUACUAUGAGCGGAGUUACCGAGUAUGCAGUGGCAGAUAUAUAUGAAUACAUGAACCAGCAUAAAGAAAGAGAAUUUGUAUUGAAGUUCUCGGCCUUGGAGAUUUACAAUGAAGCUGUCAGAGAUCUCCUUAGCACAGAUAGUACUCCACUUAGAGUCCUAGAUGAUCCAGAUAAAGGCACUGUAGUCGAGAAGCUUAUAGAGGAGACUUUAAUAGAUAGGAACCACCUUCAGGAGCUCCUCUCUAUUUGUGAAGCUCAAAGGCAAAUAGGAGAAACCUCUCUGAAUGAGAGCAGCUCCAGAUCUCAUCAAAUCAUAAGACUGACAGUAGAAAGCUCUACUCGUGAAUAUUCAGGUGCCGGAAGUUCAAGCACUCUCACAGCUACAGUGAAUUUUGUUGAUCUUGCGGGGAGCGAGCGUGCUUCUCAGACAUUGGCAGCUGGUGCGAGAUUAAAAGAAGGUUCCCACAUAAAUCGCAGUUUACUGACCCUGGGAACGGUAGUUCGCAAAUUGAGCAAGGGAAGAAAUGGACACAUACCUUACAGAGACUCUAAGCUAACACGCAUACUGCAUAACUCCUUGGGAGGCAAUGCCAGAACUGCCAUGAUCUGCACCAUAAGCCCUUCACGCAGUCAUGUUGAGCAGUCAAGAAACACUCUCUUGUUUGCAAGUUGUGCUAAAGAGGUGGCUACUAAUGCACAGGUCAAUGUAGUGAUGUCCGAGAAGGCAUUGGUAAAGCAAUUGCAAAAAGAACUAACUAGGCUGGAAGGUCGGUUAAAGAGCAUGGGAUCAAUUUCUGUCACAGGUGAUACAGCUGCAUUACUGAGAAAGAAGGAACUUCUUAUUGAACAGAUGGACAAAGAGAUUAAAGAAUUAACUUGGCAACGUGAUCUUGCUCAAUCUCGAGCUGAGUGUUUGCUAAGAUCAAUUGGGGAAGAUCGACUUUCAAGAGUAGAUGAAAAUUCAGCAUCAGAGUCCUCAGAAGUGAUCGAUCCUGUGUGUCUUGCAAAAAACAUGGAUUUUGAAGAGGCCAGUUUGCUUGCUCCCACCGCGCAAAUCCUACAAAUUCCAGAUCCUGAAGACAAUUUUCUGCUGGAUGAUAGCACUCCAAAGUUUUUUGGGCCUGAUCCAUGUCAAGGUUGGGAGGAGAUUUCUCAACGAAAUAAUGAAGAAAUUGAAGAUAUCUGCAAGGAAGUUCGAUGCAUUGAGAUGGAGGAAGCCAGUAUAAACAGGAAAACAGAAGGUGAUGUGUCAUUACUUGGUUCUGAAGAACAAGAAGGAAAAUUAGCCACAACAGAAGUGAGGAUUGAAGGUGCAGCACCAUCAACGCAGGAAGAAGAUAAAGAGUUGAGCCAUGAUAAUUCAUACAACUCUCAUGAUGCUCUGAAGCAAAAAAUUCAGGAAUUGUAUGAGACCAUAAACCGUUUAGAACAAUCCGCUUCCAUUGAAGCAGCUGCUUCUAGUUCUAAAGGCUUGACAUGGACUAGAAGCAAAAGUAGGAGAACAGUUCUUAUGACUAUUCCAUCUGAUAUGUGGUAUGAAUCAGAAGAAGAGAAUGAGAACAAACCUCAUACCGAGGACUCUAUCGAAAGACCAUUAGACAUCGAACAAAAGCGCACUGAAUCAGAACAUGAUGCCGAAACUAUAAAUAUGUCUAGGAAAGAUUCUCAAAAUUCCAUCAAUAGUGCUUCCACAGAAGAAGAGAGCAUGAAAGAGAUAGAAGUAGAUGUAGACGACACUACUAGUGUCCUUGAUUUUGUUGCAGGAGUGAACCAAUUGGCUAUACCUCAGUCAGAGGUGCAAAUUAAUUAUGUUCCAGUUCCGGAAGCAUCAACUAGGACUGAUGACUCAAGGAACAGCAGAGAUGCAGGUGCAGAGAGAGGCAAUGGUGCUAGGCAGCAUCAUAACUGGCCCCAAAAAUUCCAAAGAUGCCAGAGAAAGAUAAUUGAACUAUGGGUCAAAUGCAAUGUACCGUUGGUCCACAGAAGCUAUUUUUUUUUGCUCUUCAAAGGCGAUCCUUCAGACAAUGUGUACAUGGAGGUUGAGCUUAGAAGAUUGUACUUUCUGAAGGAUACAUCCGCCCGUGGAACUAACACGAAGAUAGAUACUCAGAUUGUCACACCAUCCUCAAGUUUGAAGGCUCUCAAUCGCGAAAGAGAAUUUUUAGCAAGGCAAUUACAGAAAAAGUUCAUGAAAAGGGAGAGGGAGGAACUUUACUUGAGGUGGGGUAUUGACUUAGACACAAAGCAGAGGAGCCUACAAUUGACGCGCCGUUUAUGGACAGACACAAAAGACUUGAAACAUGUGAGGGAGAGUUCUUUGCUUGUUGCCAAGUUGGUUGGGUUUGUAGAGCCAAGCUAUGCCCCCAAGGAGAUGUUUGGACUCAGUUUCUUAACCCCGUCAACAAGUCAGAAAUCCUCCAGCUGGAGAGACAACAUGUCUGCUCUAUCGCUAUUGUAAGCUUGUGACUGUGGGAGGUAGAAAAGUUUCUUUCUUCCAUGGCUCUUCAUUGCAUAGCUUUAACUUGCAUGGUUGAACGUUCGAGUUCUCUCCAUUGUAAAUUGAACACGGCCUGUGAGCUGACUGUAGUUGCAGAUUUUCUUUUUUCUUUAAUUCAUUGAUUCUGCUGCUUAAAGGCAUUCCUUUGUACAUCCUUCUAUAUAAAUAUAUGUUUAAACCUUCUCAUAGAAUGUUAAUAGAAGCAAAAAUAGGGAAACAUAAAUACAUUUCAGGCGAGAUUGAGAUUUUAUGCUUUUAGGAUGCAUGCCUAGAUUGAAUAUUUGUAUCCAAAGUUAUUAUUCUUCAAUAUGCUAAAAAAAGACAGGAAAAAGUUUAUCUUCCACUUGCACCGUUCAAGAGAU